GCAAAUCGGGCGGGAAGGAGCGAAACGAGUUAGGGCGCCCGCCGUGGCGGUUCCUGGUCUCACAGUCGCGCCGCCCGAGAACCGCUGUUGCGCGAGGGGAAGGCGGGACGCCCAGGUCGGUGCUAGGCCCAGACGAAUGCCCCGUUUCCACAGUCCACAUUCGCUUCUCUCCCUCCCCGGUGCCCAUCUCCCGCUCGGGCUGCGGGGUGAGCUGCGCGGCGCUCUCAGGGCCAUUUCUGAGCCGUAGAGGUUACAAGUACUCCACUGAACAACCAGUUCCAAAUCCUGUCAUCAAAUCCUAUGCUCCUGUUCCAAAUGGUAAUAGAUGCCUAGUGUUUCUUUUACUUUAAAGACAUGAGUGUUAAUAGUAUUGCAUUAAGAGUUGAAACCUGGCUUUUAGCUACAUGGCAUGUUAAAGUACCUUUAAUGUGGCUGGAAGCUUGUAUUAACUGGAUCCAAGAAGAAAAUGAUAACAUUAAUUUGAGUCAGGCACAAGUGAAUAAACAAGUGUUUGAGCAAUGGCUCCUUACUGAUUUGAGAGAUUUGGAGCAUCCUCUUUUACCUGAUGGCAUUUUAGAAGUUCCAAAAGGAGAACUGAAUGGAUUUUUCGCUCUGCAGAUUAAUUCCUUGGUUGAUGUAAGUCAGCCUGCAUAUGCCCAGAUACAAAAAUUGAGAGGAAAGAAUACAACCAAUGAUCUAAUUACAGCAGAAACACAAGUAACUCCAAAACCUUGGGAAGCAAAGCCUUCACGAAUGUUGAUGCUACAGCUAACUGAUGGCAUUGUACAAAUACAAGGAAUGGAGUAUCAGUCUAUUCCAACUCUUCAUAGUCAUCUUCCUCCUGGUACAAAAAUUUUGAUUUAUGGAAAUAUUUCUUUUCGUCUUGGUGUUCUCUUAUUGAAACCAGAAAAUGUGAAGUUGUUGGGAGGAGAAGUAGAUGCUCUUUUAGAGGAAUAUGCUCAAGAAAAAGUACUUGCAAGAUUAAUUGGGGAAACUGAUCCUAUGGUUUCAGUCAUACCAAGUAAUUCUAACCAAAGCAUCCCCAGAGUUACAGAUGUUCUAGAUCCUGCGUUAGGACCUUCUGAUGAAGAACUCUUGGCAAGUCUUGACGAAAAUGAUGAGCUUGCAGCAAAUAAUAACACCUCCUUGGAAAGAAGUUGUUUCAUCACAGGUAGUUCCUCAAAUACUAUUCCCACCAGAAGGUCAGAUUGUGAACCAGGACUUAUUUCUCCAAGAUCGAAGGAGAAACCACAAAAUCAAUCUGCGCUUUUCACUGAUGGGGAAUUAGAUGACUUUUCACUGGAGGAAGCCUUGCUUUUAGAAGAAGCUGUCCAGAAAGAACAAAUGGAGACUAACAAAUUGCAGCCAUUGACUUUGAACAAAACUGCUGAUAAAAGUAUAGAGAGAUUUUCACAUGGACCUAAUACACCGAAUAAUUUUUCUUUGACUUGCAAAAAUAGAAACAAUAAUUGGAAUGAAAAAAAUAUAUCUGAGCAAAUGACCGAUGGAGACCCAUCUUUUAGUUGUCCAUCUGAUAGAGACCAAAACAGUAGUAUUUUUUCAGUUAAUCAUAAUGUAUCCUUACACCAUGAUUUUACAAAUAAAGAUAAGAACUCUGAGACAUGUUAUAAAAAAAACCAAGCCAUCAGCAGUUCAGAUGGCCAUUUCUUAAAUAAUAAAAUAUUAGAUGGAGAGCUGGUCAAUUAUGUACCAAAAAAGAGUUCACAAAUUUCUAAAGAAAAUGAGCACCUGUUACAGACUUGUUCUUUAAGAUCGUCAGAGAAUAGCACUGAUCUUUCUAUCACCAUGGAUUUGUAUUCGCCACCCUUUAUCUAUUUGUCUGUUCUAAUGGCCAGCAAACCAAAGGAAGUUAUAACAGUGAAAGUCAAAGCAUUUAUUGUAACCUUAACUGGAAAUCUCUCAAGUUCCGGUGGCAUCUGGAGUAUAACAGCAAAAAUUUCUGAUGGUACUGCAUAUCUAGAUGUAGACUUUGUAGAUGAAAUACUUACUAGUCUGAUAGGGUUUUCAGUACCAGAAAUGAAACAGUUAAAGAAGGAUCCUUGUAAAUACCGAAAAUUCUUGGAAGGUUUGCAGAAAUGUCAGAGGGAUCUGAUAGAUUUGUGCUGUCUAAUGACUAUUUCAUUCAAUCCCUCCUUGUCCAAGGCAAUGGUACUGGCAUUACAAGAUGUUAAUAUGGAACACCUUGAGAGCCUAAAGAGGCGAUUAAAGAAGUAAUUUACUAAAAUAGUAUUAGAAAGCAAUUCAAAAAAAACAAGGAAAUGUUUAUAAUUAAAUUUGUCCUUUUACUUUUCAACUCUCUGUAAAAGGGGACAAAGAAGUUUUAUUACUGAUUUCAGUUUAAUUUUAAAAUGUUUAAUCAUGUUUGUGUGUUUAAGUUUUUUAAAUAAAAUUUUUUAUACUAA